AUGGAAGGGGCCGGAGCUGGCGGGCCGAAGCAGCCCGGAGUCUCGUUCACCAUCGAUUACCUGCUUUUUGAUAAAGGAAAGUCUCCUCAAGAGGCCCCAGAGCCUAGGGAUCUCCAGGACCCUGGCUUCUCCAGAGGAAAAGAUGUCCCCUUGGUGGUGGGACCCCCGUCGCAGGGAUCUCCGGACCCCCUGGAUAAACCCAACCUGUCCUACAUCGCCCUCAUUUCGACUGCCAUCCUCUCGUCCCCGGAGAAGAAGCUGUUGCUUUGCGACAUUUACCAGUGGAUCAUGGAUAAGUACCCCUACUUCAAAAACAAGGAGAAAAGCUGGCGCAACAGCGUACGACACAACCUCUCCCUGAAUGAGUGCUUUGUCAAAGCGGGCCGCAGUGACAACGGAAAGGGCCACUUUUGGGCCGUCCACCCGGCCAACCUGGAGGACUUCUCCAAGGGCGAUUACCACCGGCGAAGGGCACGGCGCCGCAUCCGGAGGAUGGCAAUGAACUUUGGUCACCACCUCCCGUAUGCCUUUUACGGACUCAGUUGCUGCCCGAGCCGUUACUGCCUCGGCUGUUCUCCAUAUGCCCACCCCGCCGCCGUUCCUGGCCCGCCUCCACCUUGCCUGCCAAGUUUCCCACCUCUCCUUCUCUCCUCGGGCACCUCUUUCUUCCCUCCCCCUUUCUUCCCUGGAGGAGGAACAGGGAAAUUUCCAGCCGAAAAGCGUCUCCACUGGGCCACCUGGAACAGGCCGGCCCUCCCCACGGCACCCCUGCAAGCCCGCGCCAACCUAUGA